AUGUUGGAAUGUCGCUCGAGCUGUGACAGCGACUGCUGGGCGAAUACAUUUAUUCGGAAGUGCACUGCAAGCAUCCGGCCUUUCUGCUAUUCCUGGACUUGGGGCGCUGCCGCUGUGGCGGACUACGGCUGCGGCACUGAUCCCGCUUCAACGUGGACAACCGUUGAUACGAUACUAUCCAACUACGUUGCUUCGGUACCUACGCUGGCUCAAAACGCAGUUACGGGAUGGCAGUCUACAACGCCCACACCGAUUCCUACACCCAUAAGAACGUCACCGAGGCCUGGACCUACUACGUUGGUACCGGAACCUAGCGGGCCAGGCAUCGGUGUCAUCGUUGGAGGCGCUGUCGGAGGUGUGGCAGUGGUUGCCAUUAUCAUCGGAGUCAUUAUAUUCUUCUUCGUUCGUAAGAGGAGGCAGCAGCGACAGCAGCAGCAGCAGCAGCAGCACGCUCCGCCGACCUUCAAUCCUAAUGCGGGCCCGCCACCACCUAUGCAGCAGCAGCAGCCCAUGUACCAGGCGCCACAGCAGCAGCCGGGUUAUUUCCAACCAGGUCCUCCCGUCAUGAGCAUGGACAGCUCAGACAACAAGUACAACCCGACCGUCGCAGCCUACCCCACGAGUCCGAUCUCCAGUCCCGGUAGCCCUGCGCCGCCGUACGACCGAAAGUCUACUAUAAGCCCCCUACAGACAGGGUACGGCCAGCCUACGCUCGGUGUACCCCAGCAAGGGUAUGUAGCGCCUCAUGAUGGAGCGGUUGAGAUCCAGAGCGCUGCCGCCCCUACACCUUAUCAGCCUUACCAGCCGCAAGGACAGGAGAAUCUGGCGCCGCGGCAGCCGACGCAGCAGGUUCAGCGAAAGCCACCGCCACAGCAGGGGAAUGUCUAUGAGUUGGGACAGUGA